CGCUCUUGUCAGGCUCUGCAGCGGCCUCGAUAGUGGGAUAUUCAUGUUUCAACCUUUUUGGUACCCAACCUAAUCAAGCCACACGGAUAGUAGUGCCGUCCUCCCUCUCCAGUCCCCGACAUACUUAGAAGCUGAAGCAUUCCCUUGUUCCACUCACUUGUUCAUUCCUGCUCUACUUGGUCUAUGUCUGGUUUGUCUAAGCCGUAAGACAAAUAGUGCCCUUUCGCAAUAGUUCAGGUAACAUAGGUGUGAUCCAGAACUGUUCUGGUAAUCCCUGGUAAGAGCAGAGCUACUGUUCUGGUUGAGAGAAGACCGAAAUUGCUUUUUAGUCACUACAUUUUGCGCUGUGAGUGCCGGUGGAGUUGUUCCUGAAUCACUUGCCCAGGUGUUCUGUGUGAGGCUUGGAGAUCUGAACUGUGCGCAACCGGCUCAGGAUAAUGGCCCGCAUUCAGGAGACUUGGAGAGGCCAACAAGAGCCAGAGUACCGUUACCGCACUGGCUACGAUCAGCGCCAAGCUCGAGAGUCUAGCAGGUACUUCAGCUAUCCUUCCAGUGCCACUUCCGAAGUGCACAACGGAUAUCAAAGGCCAUACGGAGAAGUUUCGGAUUGGCAUGGUCGAAGUCGGUAUGGUACAGCAGAAUUGCUAGGAGAGUACCGCAGACCAUACCGAAGCAGCGAGCAAUCACCGCGGGGUGUAGAGUACCGGAAGCCGUAUCGUGAGAGCAGCGGUGAUUACCAAAAGUCUUCUGCUGGAUCUAAGCGUGAUACGGACGACUCUGUGAUCGUUCUCAAGGUGCCCAUGUGUUGCGACAAAUGCAAGGAGAAGGUCCAAGAGGAGCUGGGUGAGGUCGAAGGAGUAGAGUCUGUUCGUUGCGACCAGUACGCCUCUAGGGUGACUGUUAGGGGCGAGGGUAUCGACGUCGACAGGUGCUUGAAGAAGGCUGAACGAGCUGUGAAGAAGAAAUGCGAGUUGAUCAGUGGCGAUGACGACGAUGAAGCUGACGACGACGACGACGACGACGAUGACGACAAGCGCAAGUCCAGCCGCCGCAUGAGUAUGAACAGGACCAGAUCAGGCGAUUAUCCAAACUUGGACAGGGGCAGGUCAGGCGACUACCGCGGCGAUGUCGAACGAAACGGAAGCCAUGUCCGCUCAAACUCUGGCGCUAUGCAGAUCAGCGGUCGACCCAGCUUGGGAAGACUCCCCUCAUUUGCAAGCGGGAAGGUCAAUUACUACGACGGAGCUGGGCAUAUCGGCCAGGAUUACGAAGCAAAGGAUUACUCAGGAUUCCGUCGCUUGCCGUCCUUCAGCAAGCACCGACACCACGAGGCUGAGUACAUCAGCACCAUUCCAGACCAACGGCCAGAAUUUACGGGUAGUGGCCUCGAUUAUUACGCUGUACGCCGUAUGCCGUCUUUCAACGGGCACCGACACCACGACGCCGAGUACAUCACCACGGCUGAUCGUGAGUACAGUCCUCGCACAUUCUACGAGGACUCCAGCAGCAAGUACACCACGGUGUUAAAUGAGCGGCCUGUGUAUCGAUCCCAAGCAUCGUUCUCUCGGCUUCCCGUUGGAAACCCAUAUUACGUGAAGCAAAUCGAUGGUAUCCCAAUGUACUAAUGAGCGGGGCAUCGAUAAAUUGUGAUCUACUAUCGUUCUUUGAACAGGGUGUUAGACGUAUUCAGAGGUGCAGGCGAUGAUUUUACCAACUGGUGUCUUCGUGUUCAUUUUUCCAGUAGUCUUCGUUCACCAAAUUUUUGUCCUAUGUUGGUUUUGUCACUUUCACAUCCUGAUCUCUGUCACAGACAUAAAAAGAAUAGCGAUUAUAUGGAUAGUAUAGCGUAAUCAAGAACAGGCUGAGUCCUUUGGAUUUUCGCCAGAAAAAAUUGCCUUCAGUAUGUACCAUGACACUGAGAUGAUAAUGAACACAGUUGGUUGUUAAAUUUGAACCAUAUGUGAUCCCUUUUAAAGGA